AUGGUCAAGGAAAUGUUCAAGACAAUGCGUGAGGACAAGCGAUUCAAGAUGGAUGUGGACAUGGUCAACUCAUUCUUGGCAUACUUUAUCUAUAAUAAUACUGGCGACUUUAUUGAAGUGGUAGUGUCGUCCUACGAUCAGAUGGGCCUCAAGUACAAUGGCACAACCUAUCAGACACUGAUUACAUUCUACACAAGCAUCGGCCGUGUCAGCUUGGCGCAGGCCCUCGUGGACACUGUGCUAAAGACCAACAGCAACAAGGACGAUGUGCCCCAAUUCGUCGUCUUCUUCCGCAUGUCGUUGCUCCUGCGCAAAAACGACUUGACAGGCGCUCGCGACCUAUUCCAUAGACAGAUCACGUCGAUGCCAGCGACGUCCACCAAGACAGACCUGAUGGUCAUGCAUCAAAUGCUCCACAUGCUGCUGUUCGAUGGACUCAUCAAGCACAAUCACUGGGACGCCGCAUGCUCGAUGUUUGCCGAGUACUUCCCGCGGCUGCCAGGCUACAUUGAGACGCAACACUUCUAUACGCUCAUUUCCAGCGUGUACAAGCACAACAAGGCGCACGCCGAGCAGAUCAUCAGCAUCAUCAGCCACCACAAGAUGCUGGGCAUUGGACUCAUUAACGAACUGAUCAAACUGUCCCUCGAGGCCAAGGAUCUGAAGAAGGCCACGGUGGUGUUUGACUACCUGACGCAGGUCCAGCUGAUGCCCAAUACCGAGACCUACGGCUACUUCAUCAACUACUCCAUCAAGCAAAACAACUACGAGGAUCUCAAGCAGUGGGUCACCAGGGUGGCCACCACCUCCAACUACACAAUCUCGCUGCAAAUGUGCCAGGACGUGCUGGAGUACCUGAGCACGCGACAGGACAGCAAUGGCGUGAAGGAGCUCUAUGGCCACCUCUUUGAUGCGAUGCGUGGCCGCACUGCCCCGCUCCUCCUGUACAACUACCUGAUGAACAGGAAGAUCAUGGACCAGAUUCUCGAGCACCUGCCGGCACUUCACAAAUACUCGUUGUAUUCUCGCGUCACCAAGAGUCUGCUCAAGCUGGGCUUAUUCUCCGACGCCAUGUACUGGUACCACCUGAUCCUGGGAGAGAACCUGCCGAUCGACCACCGUCUGCUGCUCUCAUUCACCGUGUACCUGGAACAGUGCGAUAAGUUGCCGCCCACCAUCGUCAAGGAUCUCACCUCACAUUUUAUCAACCUGACGCGUUGCUUCGACCUGGACAUCCAGCGCAAGGAUGAAGUGUCGCAAGAGUACGACUCAUACAAUGUUGGCGUGGAGCUCACAGCGAUAUGCAGGAACAAGAUCGAUCGCUACAAUCUCUCUGACACUCUGAACACAUCGCGAUCCUACCAAAUCGACAACCUGGUCAAGUGGUUGGACAUUGAGAAUGAGAGCAUGGUGAUCAAGCAUCUGGAAGAGGACCUCGAGAUGAUUAAUAUGAGGACGUCACAACAGGAGGAUGGCAAGGAGAAGUACGCUCUGUCCAUGAUGAAGUACCUCAAGAUGCGCAGAAUACUUUAUCUCUCGAUCCUGCUACAACGACUCUCGCAGCAGUCCUACUUUGAGUUAUACAACCGCUGUCCGGCCAUUCUCCGAGACCUCAUCUUCAUCCCAUCGGCCUUUGUCAAUGUCCUACGAAAGGAUCCCGCACAUGGUAUCAAGAUGCUAAACAUGCUGUCGCCAAUCAUUUAUCGCAACUCGCCCUCUCUGCUCAACGCCGUGAUCUGUGGAGUGGUCCGUGCCGGCAACAUGGAGCUGGCCCAGAGAAUGAUCGAAUACUGCCUAGACAACAAUCUUACGAUCACAUUGGAGGUUAUUGAUGGCUUCUGCAUCAAGGCGCUGGAGACUGAAUGCAUCGACGAGGCCCUGACGGCCAAGUUGACUGAUCGCUAUCCCAAGAACCAAAACAUCGAGUCGUGCAACCUCUCAAUCUUCAUCAAGAACAAGCGCUAUGAGGAUGCCUACCUAUACUUUGGCGACUGCACCAAGAACAACAGGAACUACUACAUCGCCACGCAGCUGUUCCUGCUGCUCAAGGGACCCUCGCCCAACCUGGACGAGCUCAAGGCAUUCCUGAUGCUCUCCAAGAAGAAGACAUCCUUCUUCACGCCCUACUUCAUAAUGUUGGAGAAGCAAGGACAUAUCCAGACACUCAGGGAACUAUUCACAAAGAUCAAUCAUCUGUUUGGUAUCAAGGGCGAGGUGUCGCAGCAGAUGUUCCUCGUGUUCAUCAAACUGCUCAACACGGACGCCGAGAAGAUACAGCUGUUCAAGAUGUUCAACCCGCACUCUUACCAGCAUCCCAAGGACUUCCUCGACUACAUGGUCGAGCUGAACAAGACGGCGAAUGACCAGGAUGUCGCCACUUACCUGGCGUCGUGCAAGCGAUACGAAUCCGAGCAGCAAGUUGAGCAGACGGUGGAGCUGCUGUCCGCCGAGGACAUCACAUUCAUUGAGAGCAACUUUAUGGACAUGACCAAGGUUGUCAUUCAGCCCAAGAUGCUGCGCGAGUCGUACACAAUGUCGAUGCAUGCGAGGCGUUGGGCGCCCAGGAGGCAUGCCGAAAACUUCGUUCAUUAA